AUGUCGCCCGAUCUUGAGAAGCCGAAAAAGGCACCCAGGAAACACGUAACUACAGCAUGUGUACCUUGUCGCGAAAGUAAGAUUCGGUGUGACGGAUCAACGCCACAUUGCCAGAAUUGCCAGCGCAAGGGUAAAGAUUGCAAGUAUCAACAUGGCGAUGAUAAACGAAAGGUAUCUCUUCGAGCUGCCACUGAGCUAUUCUCAGCUAGAAUAGAUCAACUAUGUCAAUUUAUCCACGACCAGGGGCUAGUAGCCCCACCGAUGGACCCAGAAGAUGAGGCCGGCAUGGACAGGGUGCUAGACACUCUCCAAAUCCCGCGUGGGGUCGUUAAAGGAAAGAUUCCUGUUGUAGGAGAUGGUCAAUCCGAAAUUGAGACCAAAGCGUCGGGAGACUCAAGCACAUCUUCAAUCCAAAGUCCACCUCCUAUAUCUCCGAAUGGACAGAUGCGACCAAGAAAUGACUCGAUGACCCCCGAGUCGAAUGCUUCACAAGGAAUGAUACCGAACCAGCAAAUUCCGUCGACCGCAGAGCCUUGGAAUCCAUUUGAUAUGGUACGGGGUCCUCCUGACAACCAAAACUUCGUGCAUUGGGGCUUUACGCUCCCUACCGCGGAAAGCCUUGAUACCAUCUAUGCUAAUAUCAACAGCGGAUCAAGCAUGCAGUUGAAUACGGGUCUGAGCCCGGAAAGCUUGCAGCUUGGCAUGGACAUGGCACAGCAGCCUGGUGUGCUGCUGGGUCAGCUCCCAAUGGAACAACCCCAAGACUCCGACAGCGACGAUGAGAAUGAGGCCGAAAAUGACGUUAUAGAACAGCUGUCUAAUCGGAUUGGAACAUUGAAAAUCGCAGGAGAUGGCCAUUUACGGUUUUAUGGUGCGACUUCUAACCUCAACCUUGUCGAUGUGUCUGCCACGCAACAACGUCAGAGGCCAGAUGCACGCACUGUGCGUCACGAUGGCCAGGAUAUUCUCAAUCAUCUUCGAGUUGGUCAACCGGUCGAUCAGGCUUUAGAGGACCAUCUUGUCGAGCUCUACUUUACUUGGCAGAACCCUAGCAUCUAUGUGGUUGAUAAAGAUAUGUACAUGACCGCACGAUUAAAGUGGCGUAACGAACUUGACGAUACACCGUUUUAUUCAGAGGUUCUCACUAAUGCUAUGUGUGCCAUCGGGAGUGCGUUUGAGGCGCGUUACCACCCUACAUUCAUCACAUUCCCAAAAUCAUUAGCCGAGUUUUUCGCAGACCGAGCCAAGGCACUCCUAGAAAUUGAACUUGAUUCACCCUGCGUCGCCACUGUUCAGGCACUUGUGCUUAUGAGCUGUCAUGAGGGAGCAUCGAACCGGGAUGCGCGAGGCUGGCUGUACAGCGGCAUGUCCAUGCGCUUGGCUUUUGAUCUUGGUUUACAUAUUGAUAUGACAUCAUACGUUAAUCAAGGCGAUAUAAGUGUGCGUGAGGCUGAUGUGCGACGCACGGUGUUUUGGGGAAGCUAUGUUGCAGACCAUUUCUGGGGAUUCUAUCUCGGUCGCCCAUUCCGUAUGAACGCAGGAGACGUCAGUGUGUCGAAGCCUGCGUCCAGUCUUGGCCCUGAGAAGGAGACGGUUUGGAAGCCAUAUGGGCUUCAAGACAAAGAUUUUGAUAAUUUAUUAAAAGACCCCACGGAGCUCAUUUGUAGACAGUUCAUUGUUCUAUGGGAGAUGAUUUCUCCCGUCGGUCAUAUCCUGUAUGGAUGCUCCGAUAUUUCUCGUCAUGAUCUACAAAGGCUAUGUUUCCAGGUGACUGAAGAUCUAUUUGCUUGGAAAAAUAACCUGCCCUCCAACCUUGAGAUCGAUUUCGACAACGAUACCACUCCAGUACUCCCUCAUCUGCUUGUCCUCCAUAUGCAAUAUCAUCAAAUAAUCAUUUUCUUUCAUCGUCCCUGGGUUUCGAAAAGCUACAUUCAACCUCGCAGCCCUCGCCAAGGACCCGGCUACCACCACGCCCGACGCAUGUGCAUUGAGUCCGCCACAGCCGUCGCGCGCCUUCUACAAAUAUACGAGAAACAUUACACGUUCAGACGAAUGACCAACCAGGUGGUUGCGAUCAUUUUCAGUGCCGCACUCAUGUUACUCUUCGUCACUGUCUCCAGCUCCCCGCUAAUGCCCACCAAGGCUGGCGAAAUGAGCCAACCUCACCCCCGUAACGCUGAAAUGGUUGCGUAUUUGAAUCUUUGCUUCCGCGCACUCGACGAGUUAGGCCAGUCAUUUGAGAACGCCAAACGAACCCGUGAUUACCUCGUAACCCUUCAACGACGCUGGCAAGCUCACAUGCGUCGAUCCGGUCCCCGCGCCAAGCGGCAGAUCAGUAGUGCGAACCUACUAUCGGGCUCUGCACAGCGAAAGUCAUCUACAACCCAAACACAUACUAGACAAGGCUCAGAUUCCUCGCGCAAGAAGUCUCGGGUCGCUGAUAUAGAUGUGCAUUCUUACACCUCGCAACCGAAUUCCAUGUCAAACAACAAUUCUGUACCCUUUGCUGGUACUUCAUACCAAUCUACUCAACCGCAAAACCAGCAAAACCAGCAAAACCAGCAUCAGAAUCAUUAUGUCCAGCAGGCAUUUACGGGACAGGAAACUGGAGAUUUUGAUUGGAUUCGAAACUCUGAUCUAAACCUCUUGUCCGGAAGUCAAGGCUUCUGUAGCGACCGCAAUCCCCUGGGAGAUAUAUCAACACCACAAUUUCCUGGUGAUCCGAGCAUGCUGCCGGAUCUAGGAGAUAUGGAAGGGUGGUGGGGAUCGCCGAAUGCUAAUUCAGGAAUGAAAGGGCCAAAUUUAUAA